AAGUAUCCUCCAGUGAAGAGCUGUAUUCGAGGUGUUAUUUUCUUUACUGCGUUCAUAAUACGUGAAAUGGAUGUUGGUUGUGAGUUGACGUACAUUACACAUUCCGAUCCGAAAGGUUCGUUCAAUUCAUUGCCUUCAUCUCUUGUCGAUCAGUUGACAUCAGAUGAUAGCCUCACUUCAGAUGAUAGUAAUAACUGA